AUGCCACAAGCUCUGAGGUCUUCCAGAACACCCCUCCGCCCCCCCAAAAAAAGCCACGAGACCCCGGAAAACCAUCACCACAAUUCAAGCUCAUCCAAACGAGUACACCAUACACUUUCAACCAAUUACGGCUCCAAUGUCAAUGACAACAGCAAGGGUUCAGAUGAUGAUGAUGACAAUGAAGGAAAUCAAAACAACUACGAGUUCCCUGACGGCCACUCUGAGGAUCCCUUUGCUGAAGAUGACACAUCAUGUGAUGAUCCUCCACCAGUGGACUUGCUCGACCAACCUUGCCCCCAUAACACACCUAGGACUGCCUCAAAAUAUCCUGGGACAUUUGAUGCAGCUGACUUUGCUAUGUUUGAACAAAUUACAUUGGAGUUUGCUAUUCACAAGGAAGAUAUCACCCGUGUUAGACGUGUAUUUGGGGAACCCAAAGCACGUACACGAGAACUUGCUGUGGUAUGCAUGGUAGCUGAGAUGAUUGGUCAUGUCCGUGAUCUAAAGGCCCUUGUACAAUCUGGCCCUUCUACUGCCACCGGGAGGCAGACGACUACAACACCUGUCACAAUCAAUUGCAGCAAGAGUGAUCAUUGGCAGAGUAGUGAUAAACUACAAACCGUGAUACGUGCCAGACUCCUGAUAUACAUGAUUCCAUCAAAGACCAAAUCAUACAACGGCAAUGGAACUAAAAGAUCUAAGCCGGUUGAGUAUUCACUUGAGAACCGGGUGAUGAACUACCUUUGUAAACACGCAAAUGAAGAUUUUUACCUAGCUCAGCUGCCUCUGGACUUCUUUAAAGGGGAUGUGAAGUCCUUGCAGCUUGCUCUUAAGCUUGUCAAAAAGUUAGCCACCUAUCAACACAGUAAAUUUUGGGAUAAUAUCCUCACCAACCUAAUAACAAAGAAUAGCACUCAAUCUGGAGUAGUUCCUAGGCUCAAGGAGCUAAUUGGCCAGUUUGUCCAUAGCCAAAACAAACUUGAUCAUCGCUCAGACAAUGAUAUCUUUGCCAAAACAUCAUUAGAGGACCAACAACGCUUUGCAUUAAUUUGUUUGGUUGGUCUCAAGUAUUACCACACUUCCACUGUUGUGACUGAUUGCAAGUCACGAAAUUGGCCAAAGUUGAUGUGGAUUUGGGUCGAUAGAAUGUUGGUGGCGUUAAAAAAAUACCCCAAAGAGGGGAGUGAUGGGUAA